AUGGCUGACGAAAAAGAUGCCUCGUCGGGCACGGAGACGCCUCUCGAGAGCGGCGAGCCCAAGUGGCAGGACCACGACGGCUGGCGCGGCUGGAUCGUCGUGGCGGCGUCGGCCUGCUCGCUCUUCAUCUACAUGGGCGUCAUCUACUCCUGGGGCAUCCUGCAGUCGCGCAUCGCCGACGACACCGGCAUGUCGCUGACGUCGCUGACGUUUGUCGGGUCGCUGGCCACGUCCUUCAUGUGCUCCAUCUGCAUCUUUGUCGGCAAGGCGAUCCGACGGUUCGGGUACCGCAGGACGGCGAUGCUCGGGGCCCUGCUGCUGGGGCUCGGCGAGUUUCUGUCGAGCUGGUUCUCGGGACAUCUGGGGGCGCUGUUUGUCACGCACGGCAUCCUGUUUGGCGUCGGAGGAGGAUUGACGAUUCUGCCCUGCUCGACUGCCCCGUUAAAGUGGUUUCGAAGGCGUCGCGGGCUGGCGACUGGAGUAGUCUUUGGCGGGGGGUCGCUGGGCGCGGCCGUCAUGGGCGUCGCGACAAACGAGCUCGUGCAAAACGUCGGCGUGGCCUGGACCUUUCGCAUCCUCGGCUUCCUCCUGUGGGCCAUCUGCCUGCCAGCCGCGUGCUGCAUCCGCCAGCCGCCGUCGUCGGGCCCCUCGAUCCCGAAGCUGCAGUGGCACCGCUGGAAGGACCCCGAGUUUCUCAUCAUCCUCGUCGGAUCGGCGGUUGCCUGCUUCCCGCUCUUCAUCCCGCCCUACUUUAUCCCCAUCUUUGCGCGGGCCAUCAGCCACUCGUCGUGGACCGGCAUCAUCGCCCUGUCCGUCUGGAACAUUGCCUCAACGGUGGGCCGCGUCUGUGCCGGAUUCGCUGCCGACUCGUUUGUCGGGCCCAUCAACAGCUUCAUCAUCUCGCUGUUUCUGUGCGGGGUGAGCGCGCUCGCCAUUUGGCCGUUUGCCUCGUCCAUCGGCGUCCUGUCCGUGUUUUCCGUCGUCAACGGCAUCGGCUGCGGGUCCUUCUUUAGCCUGUUCCCGACGUGCCUCGGCGCCGUCUUUGGGCCGGAAAACACCAUGGGCGUGUUGCCCAUCAUGUGGGCGAGCUGGUUCUUUGGCUUCUUUUUUGGCACACCCAUCGCGUCGCGACUGUACGCGCUGGCGGCGCGGCCCGAGGUGAGCGAGUACCGGCCGGCGGCGUACUACGCGGGGGCGACGUCGGUCGUAGGCAUAGUUUUCAUGCUGGCUCUCCGCUUCAGGCGCGAGAGCAAAGUGUUUGCCAAGGUAUAG